ACGGCCUUCAAUGGGCGAGGACACGGACACGCGGAAAAUUAACCACAGCUUCCUGCGGGACCACAGCUAUGUGACCGAAGCCGACAUCAUCUCCACGGUGGAGUUCAACCACACCGGGGAGCUGCUAGCCACGGGUGACAAGGGUGGCCGGGUCGUCAUCUUCCAGCGGGAGCCAGAGAGUAAGAAUGCGCCCCACAGCCAGGGCGAGUAUGACGUCUACAGCACCUUCCAGAGCCACGAGCCCGAGUUCGACUAUCUCAAGAGCCUGGAGAUAGAGGAGAAGAUCAACAAGAUCAAGUGGCUGCCACAGCAGAACGCCGCCCACUCGCUCCUGUCCACCAACGAUAAAACCAUCAAGCUAUGGAAGAUCACCGAGCGGGACAAGAGGCCCGAGGGCUACAACCUGAAAGACGAAGAAGGGAAACUCAAGGACCUGUCCACGGUGACGUCACUGCAGGUGCCCGUGCUGAAGCCCAUGGACCUGAUGGUGGAGGUGAGCCCGCGGAGGAUCUUUGCCAACGGCCACACCUACCACAUCAACUCCAUCUCCGUGAACAGCGACUGUGAGACGUACAUGUCGGCCGAUGACCUGCGCAUCAACCUCUGGCACCUGGCCGUCACCGACAGGAGCUUCAACAUCGUGGACAUCAAGCCGGCCAACAUGGAGGACCUCACCGAGGUGAUCACGGCGUCCGAGUUCCACCCGCACCACUGCAACCUGUUUGUGUACAGCAGCAGCAAGGGCUCCCUGCGGCUCUGCGACAUGCGGGCGGCCGCCCUGUGCGACAAGCACUCCAAGCUCUUUGAGGAGCCCGAGGACCCCAGUAACCGCUCCUUUUUCUCAGAAAUCAUCUCGUCUGUGUCGGACGUGAAGUUCAGCCACAGCGGCCGGUACAUGCUCACGCGGGACUACCUCACGGUCAAGGUGUGGGACCUGAACAUGGAGGCGAGGCCCAUUGAGACCUACCAGGUCCACGAUUACCUGCGGAGCAAGCUGUGCUCCCUGUAUGAGAACGACUGCAUUUUCGACAAGUUUGAGUGUGCCUGGAACGGGAGUGACAGUGUCAUCAUGACCGGGGCCUACAACAACUUCUUCCGCAUGUUCGACCGAAACACCAAGCGGGACGUGACCCUGGAGGCCUCGCGGGAGAGCAGCAAGCCCAGGGCCGUGCUGAAGCCCCGGCGCGUGUGCGUGGGCGGCAAGCGGCGGCGAGACGACAUCAGCGUGGACAGCCUGGACUUCACCAAGAAGAUCCUGCACACGGCCUGGCACCCGGCCGAGAACAUCAUUGCCAUCGCCGCCACCAACAACCUGUACAUCUUCCAGGACAAAGUCAACUCCGACGUGCACUAGGGCCCGGCACGGCCCGGGGAGCCCCGCCGCGCUGCGGCCGCUGUCUGGGUUUUGUUUUCUAAGAAGGAAGGAUUCAUAGCCACAGAUCUUAAAUGGACGGGACUGCCGAGUCGGGGCAGGGCGCCCCCGCUCUCGCUCUCCCCGUCGCGGUCAGCGGUCUUUCCCACAUCGUUAGUUCAUUCCUCACUCCCACAGGGCCCCCCGGCCAGGGAAGCUGGGGCUGGCCCGGCUCGGGCUCGGGGAACAGCGAGUGAAGUGCAGACAAGCCAGCCAGGUCCCUGCCAUUGUCCAUGGCGCGGUGGCCCCGGCUCCCGGCUCCCGGCUGGCCGUCCCACGUCUGGUUGUCCCAUGUCUGGUUUGGGAUGGGGAACUCAUGCGGAGAACUUGGAGGUGCAGGCUCGUGAGUUGGGUUUUUAGCCACCUUUGAGGAACCUAGGACCCCGGGGCAGCCUUGUGUCCUGGAGGGUGCGCACCUGCCUGUCACCUCACUGAGGGAACAUGGCCACGCCCGGUGCUCCGCCCCCUCUGGCCCCGCCCCCCACCGCUGGGCUCUGCAGCGUUGCUGUCCCCUCCGGCAUUCACUGGGCACCUCCUGGAAACAGACGCCGCCCCCACCACACACACCCGCCCCAGAUCCUUCGGCACCCUGCCCUGCCAGCCCCUCCCCCCUCUGCUCCGGCCAGCCAUGAAAGGUGACCGAGGCUCUGAGCGGAGGCCUGAGCUGCCCGAGGUGGAAUCCCCAUUCAGGCCCUGGUGUGGGCUCCUCAGCGUCCCAUGAAAGUUCUGGAAGGCACACGGCCCACCGUCUCGGGAGGUGGGCCGGGGCCGGUGUGACGGUGGCCGGGGCCAACCGAGAGCCAGGAUGGAAGGUGGGGAGGUCCUCGCUCUGCCUGGUGGUGUUGGGAGUUCGCCCCCAGCUCGGGCCGCGUCACUCAGAUGCACCUGCAGCUCCUUUCCAAGCGCCAUGGACGGCUUCCCGGAGGACCAGGUGCCGGCACCACUCGAGGGCACUUCCGGAGGCCCGUGUGCAAGUCUGGGGGCCGCUGCCACCGAGGACGUGGGGAGAGGGUCCCCCCAGGCAGACGCCGCCCGCGCCCUGCUGCCUUUGCUCUGGGGCCCAGCAGAACCCUCGGCGAGCAGAGCACAGCCGGGCCACCUCCGUCCGUUCCG